AUGACUUCCAACACGCCCACCGAGACUGUAGACGCCGUGGUGAUGGGCGCCGGAGUUGCUGGCCUCUACCAACUUCACCAGCUCCGCAAGGAGGGGUUCAAGGCUCGCCUCUUCGAGGCAGGCGCUGAUUUAGCUGGGACAUGGUUCUGGAAUAGAUAUCCAGAUGCGAGGUUUGACAGUGACGGGCACAUCUAUCAGCUGUGGAACGAGGAACUUUACAAAGGCUGGACAUGGAGCGAGCGCUUCCCAGGCCAGCCCGAGAUCGAGCGUUGGCUUCACUAUGUUGCAGAAAAGCUUGAUCUCCGCAAGGACAUCAAGUUCAACGCACGCGUUACAAGUGCCCAUUACGACGAGGGUCGCAACCGCUGGACGGUCAAAACAAGUGCCGACGACGUCAUCGACACCCAAUACUUCAUCUCCUGCGGAGGCAUGCUCUCGGCGCCUCUGACCAACCAGUUUGUCGACCAGGACAAGUUCAAGGGCCAGAUUGUCUAUACGGCUCUGUACCCUGCCGAGGGUCUCGAGGUCAAGAACAAGCGCGUGGGCGUGGUCGGAGUUGGCGCGACCGGCAUCCAGGUCAUCCAAACCAUCGCUCCGGACUGUGGCCACCUAACGGUUUUUGCCCGCACACCCCAAUACACGGUCAAGAUGAAGAACCCUAAGUGGGGUGCCAAGGAGCACAAGGAGUACCACGAUGCAUACGAGCACACGAAGAAGACCGUCCCCGACACGUUCUCUGGCUUCGACUACGACUGGGACCCAACUGUCACGUGGGCCAACACAACCCCCGAGGAGCGCCAGAAGAUCAUGGAGGACUGUUACGGGCACGGCUCCCUUAAGAUGUGGCUCGCGUCGUUCUCUGAGAUCUUCUUCGACAAAGAGGCCAGCGACUCCGUGUCGCAGUUUGUCGCCGACAAGAUGCGCACCCGCCUUAACAACGACCCGCAUCUCGUAGACGCCAUGGUUCCUACCCUGGACGACUACGGCUUCGGAACCCACCGUGUCCCACUCGAGAACGGCUACCUUGAAGCUCUUCAGCUUCCCAACGUCGAGGUCAUCAGUGUCCGCAAGGACCGCAAUCCUAUCAAGCGGUUCGUCGAGAAUGGUAUCGAGCUCGAAGACGGCAAGGUUGUUGAACUUGACAAGAUUAUCCGUGCCACUGGCUUUGACGCUGGGACCGGCGCACUAUCUCGCGUCGAUCACGGCUACCCCAACCUCCUCACAACGGCCGUACCCCUGGCACCGUCCGCUGCGCUGUGCAACAUGACCACCUGUCUGUCUCAGCAGACCGAAUGGAUUACGCGUGCCCUCGUUGACCAGCGCAAUGAUGGCAAGACAUUCCUCGAGGCAAGUGAGGACAAGUGGGUCAAGCAUCACGACGAAACGGCCAACGCUACCCUUGUGACCAACACACAGUCAUGGUACAUGGGUUCCAACGUACCAGGCAAGCCGCGCCGACUGUUGUCCUAUGUCGGCGGUGUCGGCGUCUACCGAAAGAGGUGUGAGGAGGAGCGGGAGUCUGGCUACCCGUCGUUUGUGCGCGCCUGA